CACAGCCUUGUUGUCGUCACUAAAACAGCUCGAUGUUCAGUUUGCGAGGAUAUUUUAUUGUGAUACUAUCCGUAAUCGGUGUAUAGAUGGUUUAGUUUUUGUCUUUUCUUUGUAUAUAGAAAACGUGUCGAGUGAAAACAUUCAAUAGUAUCAAAGAAUAAAUUAUCAUUCUAUGCAUUUCUCCACUAAAAUCUUGGGCCGCUUCGAUUUUCAUUGUUCAAGGAUAAUAAUAAUAUCCGUUCCUAGCAGACUUUCCGUCUCGAUUUUAUCUACGUGGUGACAAGAAGCAGCGCAAGAAGAAAAAGAAGGCUGAACAAAGAUGAUUACCAAGUGGAGCUGCUAGCGAAGUUGGUAGUGGGUGACUUUUUUCUCAAGAGUCAAGGUGUUUUUAAAUACAGGACACACUUUCAGAAUCAAUGCAGAUAGAAUUUUGUGUAACGAUUGAAGCUGGUGAAAGUGGUAGAUAAUCAGUGUUAUGCACUACCACUGGGGAAGUUUUUCUUAUUUCUAAGGAAGGUGUUUCAUGCUUAAGCGCCAUUUUGACGUUUUAAAAAUGCAUACAGAAAGUUUCACCCUCAGUAGCGGUGUGACCUGGUAUUAGGUCUAUAAUCAUCAAGAAAGGAUCGAAAAUAAUUGGAAAAUAUGAGUCAAUGCAUACAGAAAAAUAAUCUGCUUGGGUAAAUGAAUAAAAUUUAAAGGAGCCACACGCAGAAGGUUCGAUUUUCUCGUUAUAAUGGUGUUGCGUGUCUUGAUUGGUGGUAAUUUGAUGUGAACUUAGUAAGGAAGGAAAUGACCGCCGUAUAAUUUAAUGGAAAACGUGAACCAUAUUCAAUGUACAUCAAGAACAACGGCGUCACUUCGCUAACCAUGCUAUGUAAGUGAAGGAAAUAAAUGGAAUAUGCUAAAAAGUGGUGCAUUAUUCACAUGCCGACUGUGGCAGUGAGACAGCUGGAUGUAGGAAACGUCAAUAUAUCGGAAUCGUAACGACAGAUUCGGCGAAAUCGUGUCGUAGUGUACAAAUUCUAAUUCGAUGGAUCGCCCACAUUCCGAACCGAAAGAAAGUUAGAUAUUUGCUUUGUGAACCGUAUGUUGGUGUAAUCAAUAAAACACUAUCUUUGUGUGCAGCAAUUGUGAAAGCUCAGUAAAAAUAAAAUUAUUUAUAAUUCAAAAUCAGUGAAAGACAUGCAAUAGUUAUGUAAAGGAAUAAUAAUUCGAGCUCGCCGACCGGAUCAGUGAGAGAAUGAGAGUGAACAGAAUACCAUGUGAAUAUAGAAUGCUGUACAUAAAUGUGGUGCCAACAAACCUAGCUGGUGGAAGUUUGUAGUAAACUGCAGCAAAAACGACGAACAAACAAUCAGCCGAGACAAACCUAGCUGUAAUGCUAGGCUUGCUGGAGUAAAGUUGUCGCCAAUUUCGCAUUUCUCGCGACGACUGUGACUAGUACUCCGACAACGACCUCGUACAUUGCAGAAAACCCGAACACUAAAAUUAUCCUUCGACACUGACUGAUGGUAUGAAACAGCGGAUAGGUGGGAGGAAGCUCUGUCGUCACGCUAUUUGCUUAGCUAGAAAAACCCGGCAUUGUGAGAAAUCAUUUCUCCCGGAAAAACGCCAUUCCAUGACGUCCAGCAAGAAAUGGACAGAUUGUUGAGAGUGGGGCGUCGACGGCCCCCUUUAUAAUUGAACAGUUCAACUGAUGAAUGUUUGAUAACAUUUUUCAACUAUAAUCCCAAAACGCUAGUUUGUCGUCAGAAAUACCAUAUCAAUAGUUGCAAGUCGAAGGUUCGGCACCAGAAAGGUGUGCAUGCGUGUGGUGUAUCAAUAGUUAAACUCUUUUACUUCAAAUGCCAUUGCUCCGAAGAUAUUCUGCAAAGUCAUCGAACGGUUCGGGAAACUUUACCAAAGCGCUACCUUAGGGUUGUCGGAUACUGUCGGAUCGGUCAGUAUCUUGGAAAGGUGUGUGCUUUUCGUUCUGGUGUAUUUCUCGUAAAACUAUUGUCUACUGUAACAGUUCAGUGGCACUACCGGACUAGCAAUAAUAUCAACGAGGCAAUCUCCGCGAGGCUAUGGAUGAGGAAAUCGUUCCACGCACACUACGCGAAAAGUUGUUAUUUUAUACGACUGCCUUUUUUAUCCUGCUCGGUACCUUUAGCCUUUUCGCCUUUCUGUUUCUGGUGCCAUUUGUGAUUGAACCCGCUUUUACUACCAUUUUUAUGCAAUUCGAUGAGUCACCUGCAUUCUGUGUCACCGUCGACACGACGCAUCUGUACGGUGCAAAGAACUGCAGUUGGGCGUCGUGUCGCGAAGGCUGCACCAAGGACAUCUACGAAUGUCAGCAGAUUCGUGUUAACUACAAAACGAGCGCACAGCUAGCAGCAGCUGAGGCUGCAAAAGAGAACGCAACCGACGACGAUCCUUCAACGAUGUUCACAGCUGCUUCUGAAGCAGUUACAGCAACAGCUACAAAAAUCACUGGUGAUAGUAGUGUUAGUAUUGAUAAUAGCAAAAGUAGUGUAAACAUCAAUUUGAAUAGUGCUAGGGCAAGUAGUGAAGCAAAAAAACAAAUUUAUACCGUGGACAGGAAAUCUCCAUACACUUUCAUGAGCGUCAGUAGAUUCGAUACGGCACUGAACAGAUUCGAACGAGCAAUUCGUGUAGACUACGACUACAGUGAUAUGCUGGUAGACGAUAGAAGCAAUGGUUUCGCUGAUCACAAAAAUGGUAUCAUUAGUUCUAUCAUUGGAGAGGAUAAUACAUUGAUGGAGUAUCCGGAUGAUAUGAAUGAAAUGACGGGAAAUGAAUCGGAAUGGUUUUUCAGCGGAGCCAGAUUGUUUCCGAACGUUAAAGGCUGCGGUUAUCCACCGAUGCUCAACUGUACUAUUUGGACCAAAAAGUACUGGAAGAUUGGUACGAAUUUCUCGUGCUAUUAUUCGCGUGUGGAUCCUGGUUUGGUAAUAAGUGAUCUGGAUAUGUGGCAGAAUUCCCUUAAUCUAGUGUUAGCCAUGGCAAUUCCCAUUCCAUCGUUCAUAAUAUCAGUAAUUUAUCUCGCGUUCGCCUACUUUGUAAUUUACAAUGAAGACGAAGAAACUGCUUUACUUGAUAAGGAAGGUGAGGAGGAAGGCGCCGAAGACGAACUGGAUGGUACUGAUGAAGGAAACGAUAACAAAAUCAACGAAAGCGAAGUUGAGACGUCUGCUAAUCACUUAACUGAAAACGAUUGUGACGGUGGAAACACGGUAGAUUCAAACACAACAACUCCGAUUAAUCCGCUACCGAAUGGAAUUGCUAAUUCGAUACCCAAUGUAAACACUACGAACACAAACACAACUGCUACUACCAACACAAAUGGUUCUUCGAAGCCCAUCACGCCAAACUCUGUAUCCGACGUGAACUCAUUUGGUCAUCAACUUAAGGUGAAAAUGGCCGACGAGAUGUCCCGGGAGAGCAUCGAUGGAGGAUUGCUAUCAAACUCAGCGUCCAUUCAAGGAAACUUGAGCAAGACGAUGACGACCAGUAUCUCAACGCCUCCUGGUCCGAUAGCCGCAGUCUAAAGCACCAGGUGCAUGGAUUGGACAACGUUAAGUUUAAAUUUACUAAGUAAGAGAAAGCUUUUGUUAUAUUCAUGAGAAGAGGGACAGAAACUCAAAACUUUAAUCUGCAGAGAUUUUCCUCGGUGUCCAGCAUCACAAUAGCAAUAACUCGCAAACCAAAAGAAACAUUCAGAUGCUAAAUUAACAAAUCUAAUUUUAAUCACACGCGGGCUCGUUUUGCGAGAAAGUUGUAUUACAAUACUCAAAAGAAGUUUAAACAAAAACAAGCACAAAAACGUCAGCAGACCAGUAGCAAUUAGCAUCAUUACAAAUGUUUAUAUAGUUGAUAUAAGCGUCAAUGGGAAGUUUUUUCUAUCCCAGUUGAAAUUCAACAUGUAUGAGAAAUUUUGGCGCAACGUUAAAACAUCUGCUUAAUGCGUUUCAGAUUUCAUGAACUAUAGAUAAGAAUAGUGGAGUUUACCAAAUUUCUGGAAAGCGAGUAUUAUUUGCUAUAGAUUUAAAUAUCUCUCAACUAAUAUCACAUUAGCAUUUUCAAAAUCAGUAGUUUUAAGAAGAGUUAGGUUCAGGGCCAAAUUGAGUAUUUACAGUUGAGCUUAUUGUUUAUAAAUAAUUCUAUGAAAUUUACGAACGCAUUUAUCAUGUAUUCCUUUGAACCAUCAAGAGAUCAUCUGUUGAAUUCGACAUACGUGAGGUUUAUGAAAUUGUAGGUCAGGAAAAUAAGAUAUUAUCUGUAUGAUUGGUCCGAUUUCAUGGCUUUUAAUUUUGGUUGACAAUACCAGUGAACCUUUUUAAAUGUUUAAUGUGAUCAUUCUCCAAAUGGUGUCCUUCGGUUUUUCAUUUAAUUUAAUUUCUUAAAUACAACAACUAACUGACACUCGGAUUUCGAAUAAACUGUCAGUAGUGCUCGUUCAUUAAGCCCGACAAUUAUGAAAUUUCUUUAUGGGGGGAUCGAAAAUUACUUGAAAAGAUUGCUUUAUUCUUCUCUCUAACAAAUAUUUUUUAGAUCGCAUGUUGGCACGAUUUUCAAAUUACGCUUAAUGACCCGAAUAACCCCAGUUAAAAGGUCCUGAAUAGAAAAAAAAGCUAAGAUUUUCGCAAUUUUGUAUGAAUGUUUCGGACAAUUGUCACUUUUCUGCUUGUACAAAUUUUUAGCAGUCGACAAGAGACAUUUCUUCUAAAUGAGGUUCGUUUCCAUGGAGUUUAGGUAGUCCGUCAGUACGUGCAACUUUACAAAUACUUUUUCUUAGAAACGUAUCUAAACGUGAGCUCCCCAAGAUGUUUAUGACUCUUUGAAGCAAUUUAUUGGUGGAAGUGUUCCAGACAAGCCUGAUGAUAGGAAAUGCUUCAACAAUUAACAAUUUACAUUUUCGCACAAAGUUAAUGUCAGAUUUGAAGAAAACAGAUCACAAUGGCCCUUAUUAUAGGUGGCACUACACGGUGAAAACGGAGUGAAGUGACUGCGACCCUUAUUAUGGGUAUCACUUCACGGUGGAAAUCAAGUGAAGUGAAUGUAGGUCCUUAUUACGGAAGUCGCUUCAGAGACAAAAGUAGUUACUUGAAUGAACUUGAUGUCAUUAUGAACAUCACGCCACCAACAUUUUGUUAAAAAAAAUUAGUUUUUUUCUACCACAGUGAUCACUUCACUAUGCGUGAUACCGGUAAUAGGUAAAAUCAAGUGAAGUGACAUGUAAGUGAAGUGAAUGUAAAAGUGGAAGUGAGAACGGUAAUAAGGGCCAAUGCAUUUUCCGAAAUUACACCGACAAAACUGCGACUUGUGAAGUCAUCGACGGUUCAACUAUUCACCAACUUACUUACAAACUGUUUCGACUUUCACGUGUAUUUCGCAACAGCCUGGGUUGUUUUGAGAUGCUUAGAUUAGAGACCCUGUUAUAAUCAUAGACGCGCGAAGAGAAAAUCCGUCAAACUGGAGACCCGGCCACUGUAGGAUCUUUUUGCAAUUUGCUUCGGCAACCAGACUAACUUGAUGAACUUCAGAUGACCUUUUUAUUUCAAAUAUGAAAACUUGUUUUUGUGUCAGCAUUCGGUAAGAUUUUCUAUAAGAAUAAAAAUAAUAACAAUUAAAAUGAAGUGUGGUGCUAAAUUUUACAAAAAAAAGAAACGUUUUGAUGGAACAUUUAUCACUGAUCGUGUCUUUUCGAUUUUCCUAAAAUAUAAAUAUAUGGGAGAAAUUUUGUAGACUUUAUUCUGGCGAAUUAAAAACAAAUUGUUAGCUGCACUUCAAUUGUGACCGUGAUUUAUAUAUUGAGCGUUCCGAAUUUGAGCGGUACAGAAAAUAACUACGAGAUGUUGGCGAUGAAUUUUAAAAAUCCAUUUACAGUGAAGAUUACAUUCUGUUCACUUGUAGUGCAGGUGUUUUUGUCACAGAAGAGAUGGCGAUAUGUUACAAUUGGUAUUAUCCUUCGGAUAAAAUGUCAAUCGUGUAUGUCAAAGUGAUGGUCAGUAUUAAAAAUCAAUCCUAGUUGAAGCUUACCACUAUUGAAAUAAUUUUAGUCGCGUUUUUGGUUUAAUAUACGCGUACUUUAGUCCAUGUUACUUGAAUAUCAAAACAAUAAAUUCAAAUGAAUCUGACCUUCAUGAAACAAAAUCAUUUCCUUGACGUUUCAAUUAUUAAAUUCCUUGGGUAGUUUUUUAGCUUUGAUAACAAUACUCCCCUUGAAUUUCUCAGCAACAAACAAUGUUUGUUUACUUUGCUUAUUUGGUUCAACGUUUGAAGGUUCGUUUGGUUUCUUUUGGCUGCUUCUCCGCCAAAGCAAAGCAAAGUCUUGGCAUUAUAUUCCUUUUGUGGAAUUUGGCCUUUCUCUUUCAACAGGCUUCGCAGCCGCAGCGAUAGCGUACAGAAUCAUUGCAUGGCUAGUACUACGAUCCUAUUGACACUAUGAAUCCAUCCAGGGCGGGGCUCGAACAUAUGACCAAAGAUGGCUUUUAUCGUAUCAAAGAACGCUCUUCAAACGAUUCAAUCAGUGCCAUCCAAGAGAGACGGAUAUCAUCUCAGCAACAAAAAACCGGCAUGGUUCAUUUAACAUAGAAUAGACACCAGUGCGAGAGUGAAUUUCUAUCGAUGAUCUGUCUGAGAAUCAAAGGUUAGCACGCUGCUGUGGGGAUUCUCUCUGAAGCAACAAACGGUCGCUUAUUUUCUUUUCGCGAUCCGACUCUAUACAUGCAGUUGAUAAUUGCGAUAGAAUCAUUUUAUUAUUGCCGCUUAUUCCAACUAUGUGCAUAUGAUAUAACCUUUGUAUAAGUUGUGUCUAUGAAAACGUAUGUGAAUGCUCCACACGAGGGUUUAGAAAUAUUGCAAUCUAAUAUGAGAAUCAUCAAGUCGAAUCAUCGAUUCGAUUUUCUGCGAUAAUUGUCAACUUGCGAUUCUCUCUUCGUAAAUUCCACACAGCACCGAUCAUUAUCAGACUGUAAUUUUUUUACAGGUCGUGAAAUACUUACCUUACCUAACAGCUAUAUGCCUAGGGUGUCCUUUGCUGUAUCAAGCAUACGUCUCCACAUAACUCGGUCCAUGGCUGCUCGUCGCCAGCCACUCAAGGCACGGAUGCUUCUGAGAUCACCCUCCACUUGAUCAAUCCGCCUUGUUCGCUGCGCUCCUCUUCUCCUUGUACCAGUUGGAUUAGAUUCAAGAACCAUUUUCACUGGGUUGUCGUCCGACAUCCUUAUUACAUGCCCAGCCCAUCGUAGACGUCCGAUUUCAGCUGUCCGUACGAUAGGUGGUUCUUCUAGCAGCUGUUGCAAUUCGUGAUUCAUACGCCGUCUCCACGUUCCGUCUUCCAUCUGCACUCCGCCAUAGAUGGUCCUCAGUUCCUUUCUUUCGAAAACAUUGAGGGCGCGUUGGUCCUCUGCCAACAUAGUCCAGGUCUCGUGGCCAUAGAGAACAACCGGUCUAAUGAGCGUUUUGUAGAUGGUCAAUUUCGUGCGGUGGCGUACUUUUCUCGAUCGGAGGGUUUUUCUGAGUCCAAAGUACGCACGAUUUCCUGCCAAAAUACGUCUAUGAAUUUCUCUGCUGGUGUCAUUAUCGGCGGUCACCAGUGAGCCCAAAUACACGAACUCAUCAACCACCUCUAUAUCGUCACCGUCUAUUAAUAUACGUGGUGGGAGGCGUAGUGUUUCUUCUCUAGAGCCUCUUCCUCUCAUGUAUUUUAUUUUCGACGUAUUUAUGGUCAGUCCGAUACGCCUAGCUUCAGCUUUCAGUCCGAUGUAGGUUUCCGUCAUCUUCUCAAGGUUACGUGUCACAAUAUCAAUAUCGUCAGCGAAGCCAAAAAGUUGUACGGACUUUCGGAAGAUCGAGCCACUCGUGUCGAUCCUCGCUCUUCGAAUCACACCUUCCAGGGCAAUAUUGAACAAGAUGCAAGAAAGUCCAUCACCUUGACGUAGCCCUCUCCGAGAUUCGAAGGGACUCGAGAGCGUCCCAAAUACUCAGACGUAGCACAUCACUCUAUCCAUCGUUGCUUUGACCAAUCGCCUCAGUUUAUCCGGGAAACCGUAUUCGUGCAUUAUCUGCCAUAGCUGUUCUCGAUCGAUUGUGUCGUAUUCCGCUUUGAAGUCAAUGAAUAGGUGAUGCGUGGGUACGUUGUAUUCACGACACUUCUGGAGUACUUGUCUUAUCGCGAAUAUGUGAUCCAUAGUGUCGCGGGCUCCAGUAAAUCCCGCUUGGUACGGCCCUACGAAUUCCUUAGCUAUUGGUGAUAGACGACGGCAAAGGAUUUGGGAGAGUACCUUGUAGGCGGCGUUCAGCAAUGUGAUUGCGCGGUAAUUGCAACAAUCUAGCUUAUCGCCCUUUUUGUAGACGGGACAUACUACUCCAUUCAUCCAUUCCUGCGGUAGAAUCUCCUCCUCCCAAAUCCUAGAAAUCAUACAGUGCAGCGCUCUUGCCAGUGCCUCUCCUCCAUGUUUGAGCAGUUCGCCUGGCAACUGGUCAUUGCCUGCGGCAUUGUUGAUCCUCAGCUUGCCGAUCUCAACACAUAUCUCCGACAGAUCAGGGGCUGGAAAUCUAUGGUCGGCUGAGCGUGCACCCAGAUUGAUUCCUGUACCGUUCUCUGUAUCUUGUGCUUUGCCAUUCAGAUGCUCGUCAUAGUACUGCUUCCACCUGUCGAUCACCUCACGUUCGUUCGUGAGAAGAUUACCACUGGUAUUUCUGCACAUUUCGGCCUGUGGCGUGUAGCCUCUAUAUGAGCGGUUCACCUUCUCAUAGAACUUCCGUUUGUCAUUUGCGCGAUACAGCUGUUCCAUCGCUUAGCGAUCUUGGUCCUCCUGGUGGCGCUUUUUCUUCCGGAAAACCGUGUUCUGUCUGUUCCGUGCCUGUCUGUAUCGUUCCUCGUUCGCUCUAGUGCGGUGUUGCAGCAUCCUCGCCCUUGCUGCAUUCUUCUCUUCGACCAACUGCUGACAUUCGCCGUCAAACCAGUCAUUUCCUCGAUUCGACAACCUCGUACCUAGAACGGUUGCAGUAGUGCUACUCACGGUGGACCUUAUGUUUCUCCAGCCGUCUUCAAGAGUCGCCGCGCCAAGCUGCUCUUCUGUUGGUAGCACUAACUCCAGUUGUUGCGCGUAUUCCUCUGCAGUACGAACGCUACGUAGCUGCUCGAGAUUGAGUCCCGGCGUUCCUGUUCGGCGAGUGUUGUGCACCGUCGAUAGUUUUGAGCGCAAACAAACCGCGACAAGGUAGUGGUCAGAAUCAAUAUUGGCACUGCGGUAAGUGCGGACAUUGAUGACGUCGGAGAAGAAUCGCCCGUCGAUGAGAACGUGGUCGAUUUGAUUUUCCGUAUGUUGAUCAGGUGAUCUCCAGGUGGCUUUGUGGAUAUCUUUCCGGGGGAAGAAGGUGCUUCGAACUACCAUUCCUAGGGAGGCUGCAUUGAAAUACUCAGAGUAUGAAGUGAAGCGAAGAAAAAUUCUCUCACGGCUCAUACAUUGAGAGACACGAGUUCUUGUAGCAUCUUCUACCGGAUUGAAAAUGUUGUAUAGAAUAUAGAUAAAUAUCGAGCAGCUUCUGUCAAAUUAUCGGCAAUCACCAACACUGCAUAUGACAACUGGGUUUCUGCGCAAUUCCUAUUAUACCAGGGACUCUAGUUUAGAUCACAAAAAACUGCAUCGAAGCACAAAGCGAACGAUUUUUAUUUUUUUAAAUACAAAGGCUGAGAACGAAUUGAAAACAAUAGUCAGCUAAUUUAUUUUGCCAAUGCAUGAAGGACAAUACUGUCCUUUGUAUGAGAAAAAAAUCACACAACACUACUUUACCGAUCGCAAGAAAUCACUACCACGAUCUUUUGUAACAAACUGUACAUAACAAGAGUUGAUAGUUGCGUAUUAGCCGGACACAACGGACCAUAGAAGCUAUCAUUUCAAUCUAAGUAUGUUAAAAUGCUUUCAGCCAUUUUUGAUCAAAUUAGGUGACAUACUUUUCAUAUUUUAACACGUAUCACGUAACUUUGGAGCUGGAAGUCGAGUCUCGAUGAAAUUAAAAACUGUUUAUAGUUAUUUGAUUUUAAGUUUAUGACAAUCCGUCCAGUUAGUUCUUAGAAAAUCUAGUGACACACACAGACCUUUUUCGAUCUCGGCGAAUUGAGUCGAGUCGUAUAUGAUACUCGGGCCUCGGUGCGAAUGUGUUUUCGCAUAGUGACUACAUAACCUUUCUAUAAGAGAAACGCAGAAAAUGGUAUUUUUUGUUGUAAUUUUAGUUUUAUACUAAAACUUUUAGUUUUGCCAUUAUUUCAGAAACCUGAUCAUUUCUCUACCUCACGUAUUUUACAUACCGUAAAUGGAAUCUCCACAACGCUUUCCUCUGUCGCCUAGAAUUCCCUCCUGAACAAAAUGUAACUAAUAAAUUACGUCCAACCAGUUCAUAUGCCGUAACCAAACCACACCAAACAAUACAACACUGUUUGUUGGAUAAACGUAAGCCCACCAACUGCUGUAUUUUACUAAAAAAUAAAAUCGAAAUAACACAAACAAGUUUUAUUGAUCCAAAUUUCGCGGUAGUCUACAUAAUUAUUGACCGGUAAAAUAUGGUCAGGAAAAAUUUUACCUGCGAAAAACCAAAUCGAUGAGCCGUCCACCAAACAAAGAGCUGACUUACAGGGUGGUUAUUAAUAUUCGAAGUUUCAGAAUUACUUCAUAGCACAACGCAUACCGUAAAUGAUGAUCUCAUUGAUGUACUUUUGUUAGUUUUGUUUUCAAAUUUUAAAGUAACAAUUUAACAAUUUCAUUCAUUGAUAGAGAGACUUUCCGCGAAGCAGCUUUUGAUAAACUUCAUUCACUUUUAAUAAAAUAAAAAUUAUGUAUAGCAGAUGUUUCGCAAUAUUUUUUAAAACAUUUUAACGCUAAUUCAUCGUUAAGCUGGUAUUCAAAAUCUAAAUGGAAUAUUUGACUGCGAAAAUUUUAUUGUGGAUAGGUAACUGCUUCAUCGAACUACGUUGAACGUUCUGAUAGAAUCGUAGAGAUAUGGAAUGGAAAAAAUAAACUAAACUCUUACCGCCCGUCGACCAAAUUUCACUCAAUCCAUGUUGUAAUGAUUAAAAAUUGAGCAACGCGAUCCUAAACUAAUAGUUUUACGGAUAUAAAUAUUUAUAGUACUGAGUUAUGCUGAACUAAGUAGAAAUUUUACAAUACGAAAUAAGUUCCCCUUACCAUCAGUUUUGCCGCAACUAUUGUUCCUAUUUGUCACCGUCACAAAAGCUGUUUCUCUAAUCAGUUUCACAUGUUCAUUUAUUACAAACUAUUUCUAACAACAGUUCCAUAAGAACAAUUCCACAUUCUCUAGAUGAGAACGAUUUCUCGAAAUGAAAUAAUGGGAAACGUCUUUACAGAUUCCGCUGAAGCAUUAUCAUUAGCUUUUUAAAGGAGAUGUCGAUUCUGAUUUUUAACUUAUGGCGUUUUCGUUUUUAAUUUGCACUACACCGGUGCAGUGCUACACUGAAGCAUGAAUAAACGAACAAAAAUGACGAAAACAUAAACAGUAACCAUUGACUACAAUUAACGAUUCCAUUGCACAGAGCUACACCAAACUUUUGAUGAGUGCUACACCAGUGGUAUCGGUGCAGAAAAAGUGUAGCACUGGUGUAGUGCAAUUGGUAAAAACGAACGGUUUAGGUGCAGCUUUCGCUACACCGGUGUAGUGCAAUUUAAAAACGAAAACGACAUUAGACUAGCGCCAAGAUAUGAAAUUUCUUGCGCCUACUACUAAAAAUGUGAAUUACAAGGGUUGCUUACGUUGUUAAAAAUAAUCGAUAAGCGAUGCAAAUUAAUUACAUCGUCUGCAUGUUGUCAUAUAAACUUUCAAAGUUUGGUGAAUUUACUUUUGUAUCAUACAUAGAGUCGAAAAGUAUUAAAAAAAGAGAAAAUGUUAAACUAAAAUUCAGAUUUAUGAAUAGCACAUUUCAGAUGAAUAGCUUUGCUGGUUAUAUAGAAUAUUUAAGAGAACAAGAUUCUACGAAUGCAGUUUAAUGAGUAUAGCUACAAGAUAUAAAUGCGAUGGUUUUAAAGUAAACUUUGGAGCACACAAUCACCAUUUAAGACAUAAAUUAAUUAGUUUAUACUAGCAAUAAGAACGAAAAUUAUUCCGUUUGGUGAUCUUUUUUAUUUCCUUAACAUUCGCGAUCUAACUCUGAUAAAGCACAACAGAAACGAUAGUGUAAAUAGAGAAGUUACUGAGCUCAGUUCACUGUAAUAAUAAAAAGAAGUUGGCAAACUCUGUGCUUUCUGGAUCAAGCAAAUAAUUCUAACAACCUAUUGGAAAUUUAAAGCUUUUCUCCAGCGCCAUGAGUUCUUGAUGCGAAAUGCAUAAGCAGAAGCUAAAUACAUAUGACGGAUCGAGAUUCAAAGAAUUGUAUAUUUUCAAAUAUGUAUUGCCUUGUCAUUGCUAUUCAUUUACGAUUUAUUACAGACAGAUAAUAGAAGAAAUGAUAAAACCUACUACGAAUAAUUAAUAAAAUGUGAAAGCUUUAA